AACAUGUUAUGCAUGAACUUCAUCUCUAUAUUGGACAGUGCUCUAUAAUCCUGGUCCUGGAGGGUUUACAUGGUGUGCAUAGAUGAUAGAUGAUAGAUGAUAAAUUGAUUAACUCACCUGCUAUUCAAUUUAUCAUCUAUAAGGGGAACUCACAUUCUGCAAAUAGAGACAUGGCACUUUGUGUUGCACAUUGCAGGCAGAACAUUAACUUUCAACUCUAUAUAUGUGAGCCCUCUUUUGUUAUUUGAAUUUUUAGUAACAAAAUUCAUAGAAGACUCACAAAAACUCCGAUUCCCAACAAAAGCUUUUCGUUUAUUACGUUAACGCCCCUCAAACGGACCUAUCGAAGCAUCCGCCACCUCCCAAUGACUUCACUUCCCACUAUCCCACCGCACUCGCCCUUGCAAAGCUUGCUACUAGCGGUGUCACAGCAGAUACAAAACAGCAUGGAAGGUGACAGUUACUAAAGUCAUAGUUGGGGCAAUGAAACAGAAAAUAAUGUUACAGACAGUGCCUCCAGGAUCUGAAGACGUUAGCUACACGAAAGUGUUCAACUUUCAAGAGUUUUAUAUUCAAAACGUGGACACACUUUGAACAUUGUCGUGACAGAUCGCUAUUUAGCUAGCUUGCUAACCCUGCUAGCUAAGUUAUUUUGGUGUGCAGAAUCAAAUCGAUAGCCGUCGCUAAACUCAAGAACGGCGUAGGGUGGAGACAGGCUGCCAACUGAAUAUUUAAAUAAAACGUCUAAAUUAAUUUAAAAAAUAAGGAAACCCUGAAGGAUCCACCGGGGGUGCUAGGAUAUCGACAAGGUAGUUGGCGUUGCCGCCCCCCGGUGGCCGGUGUGUAUGAGUGUGGGCAGCGGCUGGUGAGCGUCGUAGUCCACGGGGAUGGGGAAUGGAGUCCAGCAACACCAGGCAACACCACUCACACAAGGAGAGGUGCUGCCACGGCCCUCUGACAGCCAGGCAGAGGGUCUAAAGCCCCAGACACGGUCUGUGGUUAACUCCCUCCUCUCAGGGGCCUUAGCUGGAGCCUUGGCCAAAACCGCUGUGGCCCCGCUGGAUAGAACCAAGAUAAUCUUCCAAGUGUCCUCAGCAAGAUUCUCUGCCAAGGAGGCGUAUAGGUUGAUCUAUCGGACCUACCUGAAGGAUGGCUUCCUCAGCCUGUGGCGGGGAAACUCUGCCACCAUGGUACGGGUCAUCCCCUACGCUGCCAUCCAGUUCUGUGCUCACGAGCAGUACAAGAGACUACUGGGAGGAUACUUCGGCUUCCAGGGCAAAGCCCUGCCGCCGGUGCCAAGGUUACUGGCGGGUUCUAUGGCCGGUACCACAGCUGCCAUGCUGACCUACCCUCUGGACAUGGUGCGAGCCAGGAUGGCUGUCACGCCCAAGGAGAUGUACAGUAACAUAAUCCAUGUGUUUGUGCGUAUCUCUCGUGAGGAGGGUUUGAAGACGCUGUAUCGUGGUUUCACCCCCACCAUCCUGGGCGUGGUGCCCUACGCUGGACUUAGCUUCUUCACCUACGAGACACUCAAGAAAAUGCAUGCGGAGCGGAGCGGUCGCCCCCAGCCCUACUCGUACGAGAGGUUGGUGUUCGGGGCAUGCGCAGGUCUCCUGGGCCAAUCGGCCUCCUACCCGUUGGAUGUGGUGCGGCGGCGCAUGCAGACGGCGGGCGUGACGGGGCACACCUACGGCACCAUCCUGGGUACCAUGCGGGACAUCGUGGCGGAGGAGGGCGUGGUGCGUGGCCUCUACAAGGGCCUCAGUAUGAACUGGGUCAAAGGGCCCAUCGCUGUGGGCAUCAGCUUCACCACCUUUGACAUGACACAGAUCCUUCUGAAGAAGUUGUACCAGCUGAGGUAUAAUAACAGGUAACCAGUAGGGAGAGACUGGUGGAGAGAUGGAGAAGGCAACGGCCAGGGAGUGAAGACCAUAGAUAAUAGCAGGACAGUCGCUCUAUGAGAACCUCAGCACAAACGACGUGAAGGCCAGGAUGAGAAAAAAAAACGUUGUCGCUUUCUAAGGUCAAGGCAUGAUGGAUUGGGGAAUGUGUGAUUGAGUGAUCCAGGUCAGCACUGUGGACACACACACACACACACACACACACACAGUGUGUGCAAUGAAUGUCUUCAACUUUGUGUAUGUACAUGGAGGCAUGAAGUCUCAUAAGAGGUACAUUGGGUGGAUCAUAAUAUACACUGUCAUCCUGUACAUCGUGUUCAGGUGCAAUAUGUUCAGUUAUUCAAAAUGCACAAUGAUCUGCAUAUGUAAAGGUCUAGGUUACCUGUGUGUGUGUGUGAGAGACUGUGUGUGUGACUGUGACAGACAACGCACACCUUCCGGGUGUCUCCCUUGCCUUGCGUCCCUACUUGAAGAGGGGAUCUUCCAACAGUCUGGAUCAGAUGAGUUGUUCCUAUCUAUCUCCUUCCACAUGAGUUGGAUUUGUCUUUUAUCAAACCACAAUGUACCCCCAUGAGAUUUAGUUUUGUUUGGUUGAUGAUUUUUGUUUAAUGAGUUAUACCAAAGUAUAUACAAGAGGGGCAUUGUAAUUAAUAAUGAUUUAUGACUAGAGAAGAUUGAUAUUAAUAACAUAUUUUCUUUGGUACAGUGAAGUUCUCACAAGAAAUAUACACAGUGUACAAAACAUGUCCAUGACAUAAACUGACCAGGUGAAUCCAGGUGAAAGCUAUGAUCCCUUGAUGUCACCUGUUAAAUCCACUUCAAUCAGUGUAGACAAAGGGGAGGUGACAGGUUAAAGAAGGAUUUUUAAGCCUUGAGACAAUUGAGACAUGGAUUGUAUAUGUGUGCCAUUCAGAGGGUGAAUGGACAAGACAAAAUAUUUAAGUGCCUUUGAACAGGGUAUGGUAGUAGGUGCCAGGUGCACCAGUUUGUGUCAAGAACUGCAACGCUGUUGAGUUUUUCGCACUCAAGUUUCCUGUGUGUAUCAAGAACGGUCCACCACCCAAAAAGACAUCCUGCCAACUUGACACAACUGUGAAAAGCAUUGGAAUCAACAUGGGUCAGCCUCCCUGUGGAACGCUUUCAACACCUUGUAGAGUCCAUGCCUUGGACAAAUUGAGGCUGUUCUGAGGGCAGAAGGGGGUGCAACAUAAUAUUGGGGAGGUGAACCUAAUAUUUUGUACACUCGGAGUGCAAUGAAUACAGUGAGUGACAAUACACAGCUGUUUUUUCACUGACCUACUAACCUGCAGAAAAUGAGUUGAACUAACUGACAUAUAUGGGUUAACCUAACAGCCAA